AUGAAGGAACCAGAUGAUCAGGAUACUGAUGGGGGGAAAUCAGAUAGAUCAAAGAGUGACAGAAGGCAGUCUCAUUCCUCUAGAUCUGCAUCAAGAACUUCUAUGAAAGAGGAUCACAAGUCUAUUGACGAUACCACAGGUGAAGCAUUUACUGAAGGGGAAGAAUCAUAUAUAGAGGAUGAUGAAUCUUAUGUGGAACAUUUGGAAGGAAGUUCAAGUUCAUUUCAAGAUGAUUAUACAGAAAGCUUUGGAGAAUCUCGGUAUAUGGAAACUCCUGCCCCAGAUGCAGAGGAGGCAGAGGAGGAAGUUAAGAAGAAAAUAUCAGAAAGCUUCUUCUACGAUUAUAUGGAGCUUGUCUCAAUGCCGUUUGUGACUCCAGAUUCAAACAUACCACUGGAUCUUCUUACACUUGUACAUUCCUUUGGUUAUGACUGCAGAAAGCGGGCCAACUUACAACUUCUGGAAAGCAAUACCGUGAUGUACAUAGCUGGGAACCAGCUGAUUUUUCUGAAUUUGAAAACCAAAGAACAGACCUACUUGCGAAGUAGCAGUGGAAUAGGAAUUGGUGUCAUUGGGGUUCACCCUGAUAAAACUUAUUUCACAGUAGCAGAAAAAGGAGUUUUCCCAAAGAUAAUCAUUUAUGAAUAUCCUUCAAUGAGGCCCUAUAGAAUCCUUCAAGAUGGAACUGAUCUGGCCUAUGCAUACGUGGACUUUAACUUCGAUGGUACCCUGCUGGCUUCUGUUGGUGGCAGCCCUGAUCACACCCUGACCAUCUGGAACUGGAAAGAAGAGAAGCCUCUACUGAGGACAAAAGCUUUCUCCCAGGAAGUUUUUAAGGUUACUUUCAAUCCUGAAGAUGACGAGCAGCUCACUACCUCAGGAUCAGGCCACAUCAAGUUCUGGGCAAUGGCUCUAACAUUCACUGGCCUCAAACUUCAGGGUUCACUGGGUCGAUUUGGCAAAACAGCCACAACUGAUAUAGAAGGUUACAUGGAGCUCCCGGAUGGGAAGGUGCUCUCAGGGUCAGAAUGGGGCAACAUGCUGCUUUGGGAAGGAGGCCACAUCAAAGUGGAGUUGAGUCGAGCUGCAGGCAAGCCUUGUCACCAGGGUCCCAUUAACCAGAUAAUGCUGGACGAGGGUGAAGUCAUCACCAUUGGGUCAGAUGGAUGUGUUAGGAUAUGGGAUUUUGAGACUAUAGACACUGCUAAUGUUAUAGAUGAGACUGGAUUACUAGAGAUAGAGCCCAUUAAUGAACUUCAAGUAGAUAAGAACGUCAGACUCUUCUCUAUGAUAAAAAUGAAUGAAGUUGGAAAUAACUUUUGGUUGGCUCAGGAUUCCAAUGGAGCCAUAUGGAAGCUUGACCUUAGCUUUUCAAACAUUACCCAAGAUCCAGAAUGCCUGUUCUCCUUCCAUUCUGGAGCCAUUGAAGCUUUGGCUGUCUCUCCUGUCACUUAUCUCAUGGCCACUACCGGCUUGGACUGCUCUAUUAGAUUCUAUGACUUUGCUGGCAAAACUCCUUUGCUUCAGAUGAAAUUCAAGCAAGGAGGUACUGCCCUUGCUUGGGUACCACGGCUGAUAAGCUAUGGUGGAGCACAGAUCACUGCAGGAUUUGAAGAUGGCGUUGUUCGAAUUCUUGAACUUUAUGAUCCAAAAGGGCUCACGGUUUUUGUGGGACGGAAGAAAGUUUCAGAUGCAGAUAUUCGUUUGAAACAGGUUUUCAAACCUCAUACUGCUGCUGUCACUGCUUUAGCUUAUGAUCGUGAUGGAGAAGUUCUAGCCACAGGGAGUAAAGAUAAAACUGUCUUCUUUUUCGAAGUGGAAAGAGACUAUAAGCCUAUUGGUUAUAUUACUACUCCUGGACCUAUUUGCCAGUUAACAUGGUCUUCAAGCUCUCAUCCUGAAAGUACUUUACUGAUUAUUUGUGAGGAUGGCUAUGUUCUUGAAGCUCCAUUUCCAGCUAUAAAGGAGGAAGAAGAGGACCAUGAUGUAGUUUCCUAUGAAAUCAAAGACAUGUGUUUAAAAUAUUUCCAUUUCACAAGUGUCAAAUCUAAGAUUCUGAGAUUAAUAGAAAUUGAAAGGAGAAAGAAACAAAAGGAGCUGAAGGAGAAGGAAAAGCAAGAAAGAAGGAAAAGGCUAGAAACAGAGAUGGGCGAAGAUGUGGAUAAGGAACUCCAGGGAGAAGAGGAGGAGGAGGAGGAGGAAGAAGAAGAGCCCUUACCUGAAAUCUUUGUUCCUUCAACGGCCUGUCACAUCCUCUGUGGAUUUUACUCUGAGCCAGGAAAGUUCUGGAUUUCUUUGGGUGGCUAUGAUUCUGGUUUUCUAUAUCACUGUGAAUUCCCUCCAGAUGACAAAAGCAGUGAUAACACAGUAAGGAAAGAUGAACCUUUUGAUUUCCGUCUUCUUGAGGAUACAGAGGAUAAUCCCAUCACAACUAUCACUUUCAGUAUUAACCAAGAAAUGAUGUUUUGUGGAAUGCAAAAUGGAGCGAUUCGAGUAUAUAUCCUAAGUAAGAAUGAUCCUUCAUUGACCAGCAUGGAGGACUAUUGGCACUUCAAUAUGCAUGACAAUAAUUAUGGACGUGUUAAUGCCAUCUCUACUAGCUUUGAUGACCGCUUCUUGGUGACUGCUGGAGCAGAUAGUAAUAUCUUUGUUUUCAACAUUUUUUCUGAGUUUGAGUUAAAGAAAGUUGUGAAAGCCAGAGUGCCAUCUCCCAGGUUUGGAAUGGAAACGGAGCCAAUUCCAGAAGAUAUUGAAGAUCCUAAAGCCUACAGUAUUGAGAAUGCCAGAAGAAAAAGAGAACAUGACAAGUUAAUGAAAGAAGUAGAAGAAAUCAAGGCUGGAAAGAGAGAACAGAUCAAAGCUUUAAGAAAUCAAUUGCAGAAACUACUACAGAUGAAUGAAGAAUUACCCAAACAUAUGCAGUUUAAACGGACAGAUUUUGAUCUAGAUUCCAAAAUUCGUGCUGAGAUUGGAAAGAAAACAGCUAACAAAAUUCAACGAGUGGAAAAGGAAUUGGCUUGGGAAAAGGAGAAACACCAGCUUGGCCUAAAGAAGCUACAGAAUAGAUUUCGUGAUUCAUUGGAAAGUGAUACUAUUGUAGUUCAUGCCAUUCAGAGUGAUCACAAGAUAUCCUCCUAUAGACUCAUGAAGCCCUCUAAAUACUCCAAAACCAAACGGGCAAGUCAAUCGGAGAGAAGACCAAGCAAAUUUGAGAGGUUUGAAAAAGAAGGAACUGGAAGAAAGGAUAGUCAGAGAGAUACAGGUGGAAGUAUUAGUGUGCCAGAAGAAUCAGUCAUAGAGAAAGGGAAGAAAUUUCGGCCUAAAACCCUAAGUGAAAUUAUGGUGGAAAAUCAAAUUGAGAAAACAAGGAAACUUAUAUUAAAAGCUGAAAGAGCCCAAAUGAAGAUUCAGCAACGAAAAAAAGAAUGGGAGGAACUGUACAAGAGUAAACCUGAUGAUGACUAUGAAGAUCCCAAAGAUGUUCAGGCAAUCAAAGAGGCCCAGUUAUUUAUGGGAGACUUUAAUUUGAAGACAGCCUCAGACUACAAGAUACCUGAACACAUGAGAAUAAAUGCUGCCAAGAAGGAGGAGGAACUGGGAUACCUAGACUCUAUGGCCUACUCAAAGAAAAUGCACAUGAACAAGAGCAUCAUCUCUCUUCGAGACCUUAAGGUGGCUGUCAUCGAGGAAAUACAGUGUCUGGUGCAAGAACUGAAGAACAUUCAGUCGACUCUUCCCAUAUCCAAGCACCUGCCCAUUCCCCAGGUCCCUCAGAUAUACCCGGAAGAAGUUCCAGAAAAGAGAUUUCAGUAUGAUGAUGAAACUCUCCUAGCUUUUAAGCAACAGCAGGUGAAAAGACAGGAUGAAAAGGCCCACCAGGUGGAACAGACAGCAUUUGCAGGCUCAGCUGGAGGCUUCCUCAGACUCUCUUCUGGAAAGGAGGGAGAUUUAACAACACGUGAUUCAUUGUCUAAAGCAUCAAAAGCAUCAGCAUUCAGUUUGGACCUUCCAAAGUUCACAGAAUUUGAAACAGCAGAUCCAACUGACGUGGAGCUGGAGAUUAUGAAGAGGGAGGAGAUCAAACACGUGUACAUGCAACAGUAUUUGAUCAACCGGAUCAAAGAACUGAUUGUCACUUUUGAUGCAGAACUCCGUCUCCUGAGACAUCAGAAACUGAAGUUAGAUAUUCAGAUGAAAUUAUCUGACCUGCACCAUGUCACAUUAUUUCAAGAAAUGCUUCUCCUGAAGAACUUUGAAAAACAGGAGAACAUACUUCAAGAGCGUGUUAAUUCAUUAGACAAAGAGGAACAGGACAUGCAAUGGAAAAUAAAUGAAACUCUUAAAGAGAUGGAAGAGAAAAAGAAUGAAGUAGCCAAGCUACAGGACCAAGAAAAAGCCCUCUAUGCUGGUUUCCAAACAGCGCUUGGAGAAAACAAUAAAUUUGCUAAUUUCCUUAUGAAGGUACUAAAGAAGAGGAUUAAGCGGGUGAAGAAAAAAGAGGUCGAAGGAGAUGUCGAUGAAGAGGAGGAAAGUGAAGAAUCAAGUGAAGAAGAAUCCAGCUUGGAGAGUGAUGAGGAUGAGUCUGGAUCUGAAGAUGAGGUUUUUGAUGAUUCUAUCUGCCCAACAAAUUGUGAUAUGGGUCUCUUUGAACUGGCCCUUCAACUUCGGGAGAAAAGGCUGGACAUUGAAGAGGCUUUAGUUGAAGAAAAAAAAAUGAUCGAUAACCUCAAAAAGGAACAUGAUACAUUGUCCAAAAAAGUAAAAAUUGUGGCAACUAAUCUGAAUGCAGCAGAGGAGGCCCUGGAGGCUUAUCAACGUGAGAAGCAGCAGCGGCUGAAUGAACUGCUGGUUGUGAUCCCGUUGAAGCUCCACCAGAUAGAGUAUGUGCUAUUUGGAGAACUACCGAGUGAUCUUUCUGGAACUUUAGUCUUUUCCAACCGCUCCUUGGGACGACUGCAAGAACGAAUUGUCCAGCUCCAUGAGGAAAAUUCCAAGCAGAAAAGACUUAACAAAGAAUGCCGGGAGAGGCGUAAGCAGCUCAUCCGAGAAAAGAGAGAGAUGGCCAAAACGAUACAGAAAAUGGAAGAAACAGUCAGUCAACUAAUGAUUAGCAAGUUUGGCCGCGUGAUCAAUCUAGAAGCCCUUCAGACACUUUCUGUGAAUACAACGCUUGAAGAACUAAAGAUCAAAAAGCUUCGAAAGGAGCUAUCGAAUGUAAAGGAAAUGAAAAUGUGGGAGGAAAAGAUUGCUCAAGUUCGAUGGGAAUUGAUGAUGAAGACAAAAGAGCACACCAAAAAACUUCAUCAGAUGAAUGAUUUGUGUAUUGAAAAGAAGCAGCUUGAUUCGAGACUGAAUACUCUACAGAACCAGCAGGGCAAUGCCUUCCAGGGUCCUCGGAAAGCAGAUACUGAGGCAAGAGAAAGGGUCACUGAACUGAUCCAAGUCCAAGCUGAAAGGAUUCAGGCCUUAAAGGAAGAGAUUGCUCUUUUGCGUAAGAAAGGUGGUCUCCUCCUGCCCCCGAUUCAUCGCCCACAAGAGAAUGAAUGAAGUCCCCGGGGCUUUAACUUUGCUUUCUCCUCAUGUCCAUCCAUGAUUUGACACACAAUUCAACAGAAGUUCUGUUUCCUCAUUGUCUGCAGAAGUCUAAAACCAGAGCCAGUCAUGUAGUUUUAAUG